AUGUCUCAGAAAUUAAAAGAAAGGGCUAAGCAGAAGAAGGAAGAUAUAGAAUCUGUUAAGAAAUGGAGGAAGCAGAUGCGGCUUUUGACUUUGAUGAUGGAAAAGUAUUUUAGAGGUUGGUACGUGCAUAGUUUGGUUGGCUGUUUAACAGAUAUCGGGUAUGGUUGGGCUCGGAUACAAUUGAACGAGUCAAAUAAGAAAAGACCACGAGUGGCUCUAGGGGAUACGUCAGGAGGAAAGGCAAGUCAGGCGAUUGGUAAAGGAAAGAAACAAAAGAAAAGAGAUAUUAAGAAUUCCAAAGUUGGUUUUGGAGGCAAGAAGGGGUUGAAAAAGCAGAAUACUGCUAACACCACCAAUGACUACAGUAAAUUCAAGAAGCGUCUUGUCUCCGAAAACAAGAGAAAGAGGUAA